AUGAUAAACUGCUCCUCCAGAUUGAUGAUAAUUAUCUGGUGCUAGUUAACUAUGAAAAUGAUUUCACUGACAUAGUCUCACCAGCACCAAGAUAGACUGAUGCUUGGAAAUGACGUAUUCUCUAUAACUCAUCAGUUUCAGUAAAUCUAGACUAUUAGCAAUAGUGAGGAAGUCUCUGCAUACUGUAACUAUGAUAAAAAGUUUUUACUUACUGGCUUUAAUAACUAUAAAAUUGGUGUGUAUGUUUUUCACGAGGGAAACUACUAGCUUUGCACAUCUAUAAGAACCACUCCUCCUCUUUAGACAUACACAGCAAUAGUUAGUCUAUUUAAGUUGACAGAGAGGCUCUUCCUAGUCAUUUUAGGUAAAACUAAGAUAUGUAUAAGAGUAGUUGAGAUAGAUCCGCAUCGCUGGCAGCAAGUUGAGCAUCAUAAAAUAGGUUGCUACAGUAGUUCUAUUGUGGACAUCAAACGAGUCUCUGAGAGUAAAUUCAUUGCCUAGACAUCCAAAAAGAUCAUAAUGUUUGACUAUACAGUAGAAGGCUACGAUAAACUGUUCAGAUUUAAAAAUGAUUCAGGCGGAAACCAAAACAUCAAUGGAUAAAAUAAUUGCAACAGUAACUACCCUAUGGAUAAUGCUUUAUAAAUUCCACCCAAUAAUAACGGUAACUCAAGAUAUCUAGAUCCAAAUGACCUAGCUAAUAUGAUCAUCUUUCCAUUCUAUGAUCCAUGGGAUCUACCAUAUAUAAUAGGGGAGCAAUUAAAGCUAUACGAUACUAAGACUAAGCAGCAUAUAGGCUAGUUGGAGGGAGUAAAUCGUGAAUUAGUAACAACACUUGGAUUAUCUAUUUAACCCAGAUACCCACUGUUCAUUAUAUCGACUACCUUCAUAAAAUACUCAUUAUCAUUCAGCUUUGGUAUAAAUUGCUCUGCUAAUUGCUCCUCCGGAUUAAUACCUGAAUCUCUAGCAAGAAUUACUGGCCUGAUCUUUAUGUCAAACUAUGGAGAUAGAAUCAAGAAGCACUGCAGACAAUCCAGAUUUUUAGCAAACACUUUCUAAGUAGUUUGA